AUGUACUCUCCUACUAAGCUCUUCGUCGCCGUCAUGGCUUUGACCACUUUCGCCUCCGCCACUCCCAUCGCUGAGACCGCUGAUGUCCAGAACCUCGAGGCUCGUGGCAACUGUCUCGGCUACGCCAACUACAACGCUUGUGCUGCUGGUCGACGACGCACAUGCCACAUUGGUGCUGGACAGGCAUCGUGCUUCGCUGCCGCAUCGCGAGUUUGCCAGGAGAACUGCUAG